CGGCCGGCCGCGCUCGUCCCGCACCAUGGCGCUCAGCGACACGGCCCUGCCUUCCUUCGCCACCUUCGCCAGCCCCUGCCGCGAGAAAGCGCUGCACGAAAGGUGGAAAUGCGAGCAGGAGGCCAAGACCCCCGCUGGCACCUGGGGCGGCCUCUCCCCGCGCAAAGAGGAUGAAGAUCUCAACAACGUGCUGGAUUUUAUCCUUUCCAUGGGCAGCGAUGGUUACGGCCAGGGCGCUGCCGGCGGGGAUUAUCCCCCUGCCCAAGGCGAGAACGGUGGCUUUUACCAGACAAACCCGUCCCCGGGAUGCUACAGUGCCCUGGAGCAGGGCAGCCCCCCGCCCUACAACACCGGCAUCGUGCCGGAGAUGAUGCGCUCCGAGAUGGACUCCAACUACUGCCCUCCUGGCAGCGUCCACGGGCGGUUCUUCGUGACACCCACCUUCGGGGGGCCGCAGUUCGUUGAGAACAUCAAGCCCGAACCCGACAUGGACAAUUACGGACCGGUCCUGGGUCUGGUGCCCCAGGCUUGCCCAAAGAUUAAGCAGGAGGGCAACGCGACCUGCAUGAUGGCCUAUGAGCAGCCCCGGGUGGCCAGUUCCCCCCAGAUCCCCGGGGCAGAGACGCCCCCGCUGAGCCCCGACGAUCUCAUGGUGAAUGACUGCCACACGCAGAUGAUGUGCCCCUCGUCCGUGCCCUUCCAGCAGAGCUACCACCCGGCCUCCGGCUUCCACCACCCGCAGACCCACCUGCAGUACCAGAACACCUCCCAGUUUGGCCUCUUCGAGGACAGCCUGCCCUUACAGCCCUCGGCUCCGCGGGGCAUGCUCACCCCUCCUUCCUCCCCCCUGGAGCUGCUGGACUCCAAACCAAAGCGGGGCCGUCGCUCCUGGCCCAGGAAGAGGACGGCCACUCACACCUGCACCUACGCGGGCUGCGGGAAGACCUACACCAAGAGCUCGCACCUGAAGGCGCAUCUCAGGACGCACACAGGUGAGAAGCCCUACCACUGCAACUGGGAAGGCUGCGGCUGGAAAUUCGCCCGCUCCGACGAACUCACUCGCCACUACCGCAAACACACGGGCCACCGGCCCUUCCAGUGCCACCUCUGCGACCGGGCCUUCUCCAGGUCCGAUCACCUGGCCUUGCACAUGAAGCGCCACAUGUAGCCCCGGGGGGGGACUCCGCCCGGCCCAUGCGGUGGACGAUGUUUUUAUAAACUGCUCAGGUGCGGGAGAGUGUUAAAAAAAAACCAAAAAAACCCAACCACAAACCUGUAGCUGGUACUACGUGGGGAGGCACCGACCGAGAGACGCUCCAGGACGGACGCUGAUUGAGGGUUUGACACAAGGAGGCUUAGCCAGGAAUCUCCUGCAGAGAAUCUGCCGUGACUGUUAUCAGUGACCUGGCCGUCCCGGUCAGGAGAACAGGGGGUUAUUAUUAUUAUUUAUGCGGCUUCUGUGAAAGGGUAAAACUCUGUAAGACUCCAUACAGAUUGGAGAGAAGAAGCUGUAAAUAUUGUUUUGUUUUGUUUUCCCGAUUCUACCCACCCGGUCCUAAGCUUUACAAGACAAUGUUUGUAUGGAAACUGCCUGAAGUUUGACCCUAGAAGAGAUAAAAAAUGAAUGUUACUGUAGCUAACGAUGUUAUUUUAGAUCUCAGUUGAAGGCAUGGCUAAGAGAACACUCCUCUUGUUAGACUGUUUGGUUCACAGGUGCAAUAAUAUUCUUGUUUGCCAUGAUCUACACUAGAAGUACAGGGCUUGAUGUCUUGUAAGAAAAUAACCUAUUUUACUGUAAUUUUUUUUAUAUAUUGUAAAUAAUUUUAUACAAUGAGAAAUAUUGUAUAUGUAAAUAGAAGACAAAUGGGUAUUUUGCCUAUUUCUGUUUUUAUAAAAACGUAAUUUUUCAAUGUUUGAAAACAUUUCAUCUUUUUAAUAAAACAAGUUUUUAAUUGCUGUGA